UAAAAAUUAGUAACCUUAGACUUUAUUGCGCAUGUACCAAGAAGACAGUCUCUGCUACCUUGCUUAAAUAUAGCAUACAGGCACAUUUAUUCCGUUUUGUUACAAUGUCACUUGUUAUCCCCGAAAAAUUUCAACACAUUCUUCGUGUUGUAAACACGAAUAUCGAUGGUAACAGAAAAGUUAUGUUUGCUAUGACUGCCAUCAAGGGUGUUGGACGAAGAUAUGCCAAUAUUGUUUUAAAAAAAGCAGAUAUUGAUUUAGAUAAACGUGCUGGUGAAUGUUCAGAAGAAGAGGUCGAAAAAAUUGUCACAAUUAUGGCUAAUCCCAGACAAUAUAAAAUCCCUGAUUGGUUCCUUAAUAGACAAAAGGAUAUUGUUGAUGGAAAAUAUUCACAGCUCACAAGUUCUAAUUUAGACUCUAAGCUACGUGAGGAUUUAGAGCGUAUGAAAAAGAUUCGUGCUCAUAGAGGUCUUAGACAUUAUUGGGGUCUCAGAGUACGUGGUCAACAUACAAAAACAACAGGAAGAAGAGGUCGUACUGUUGGUGUGUCUAAAAAAAAAUAAUUUAUUACUGUAAAAAAAUAAUAAAAAUUUUUCAAAUA